AUGCAAACGGCAACGAUAGUGUUUAAAACUGAACCCAAAGAGUUCGGGAUUCCUUCUGGUGCGAUCGUUUCAUCUUCUACUUCGUCAUCGUCGCCGCCAGUAAUUGGACAUAUGCGGCCGCCACCGCCACCCCCGCCUCCCAAGAUCAAGGUGAUCGACAUCAAGCUGGAGGAGCCCACUAGCUCUAUUCCUGAUCUCGGUAAGUCUAUGACAACUUUUAAUGACGUUGUUGUAAAUUUAAACAUCCACAGGCACUGA